AUGCCUCUUUCCUUCUUACAUGUUUGUUUUCCUUGUUUGUUUUCUCGUUUUUUUCUAUUUAUUGUCAAGUCGUUCUGUUACUUCUUUCUUGUUCCAUUCUCUGUCAAUUAUUAUUUGCUUAUUUCACCCUUCGUUCCAUCAUUGUUUUAUUUCUUCUUCCUUUCUUUCAUUCAUUGUAUUCUUCAUAACUAUUUUCUGUUCACCUUCACUCUUUAUGUUCCUUUAUUCCAUAGCUCUUUUCAUUCUGUACUUCCAUUCAUUAAUUUGUUUCACUUCUCCCAACAUCAUUUCAUUCUUGAUUUGCAUAUUUUCCUCGUGAUUUUCUUCUUUCAUCAUUUUUCUUUCUUUACUCCCUUCAUCUUUCGUUUUUUCAUUCAUAAUUUCUCACACUAUAUAACAUUUCAUUCUUCCAUUGUUUCAUUCCUCUCUUCAUCCAGCUUACUUCAUUUGCGUUAUUUAUUCCCUUAUUCAUUCCUUCCAUCUUUCUUUAUCGAAUUCUUCAUUUUUCCUCCCUUCUUCGUUUUUUUUAUCCUUCAUUCCUCAUUUCUUUCUGAUAAAUUUUACAGUACCCUUCCUUCGUUCAUUUUCCUUUCGUCAUUCUUUUCUUUUACGUUCUUUCAUCCUAUCUCCGUAAUUCAUUCAUUGAUUAUUUUUCUCCUCUCUCAAGAAUUCUAUUUUCUCAUCCUUUCUCUCGGUAAUUAUUUCAUACUCUCCUUUGUUUCUAACAUUUUUUCCUUCAUAAAUAUAAUGUUUCACUCUUCACUUGAAACUGUCUUGCUUUCCUCUCGACAUAGUUUUUUCUUUCUUUCUUUUCUUUCUUUUUUACAUUAUUUCUUUGUUUUUUAUUGUUUCUUUCGUUAUUUCUUUCAUUUCUUUUUUUUUAUUCCGUUAUUUAUUUAUUUUCUUGCUUUCUUUCUUUCCUUACUUUUUCUUUUAUUUCAUUUUUCUUUCUUUCGUUAUUUCUUUCUUUUCUUUUCGUUAUUUCUUUCUUUUCUUUCUUUCUUUCCUUCUCUAGUUAUUUUCUUACUUUUUUAUUCUAACAAAAUCUACCCUCUCAUGUUUUCUUUAUUUUUCACAUCUGUCUCUCCGUCCUAUCUUCUUUUUAUUCUUUCAUUUAUUCUUUUUUUUUUUGUUGUUUCCUUCCUUCAUUCAUUCAUUUAUUCAUUACACUUCCUCCCAGUCUUUCUUUCCUUUCUACAUUCUUUCAUCGGCAAUUUCUUUCGAUUUAAAAUUUCUUCAUUGUUUCCCUCUUUCUAG